AUGAAGUUCCUAUCAUACAGAGCACGAAAAGACCGUGAGACAGCAUGUAAUUAUCCAGAUAAGGAAGGAAAUGGAAUUGUAUGUCGGAAUUCACCGAAUAAGAAUCCAAGAGGUUGUUUGACAUUAUUGAAUGCUGCCGAUGAGCGAGGAGGUCGUCAGGCGAGCGAUGUAUUUCCUCAUGAAACAUCAGUAUAUGGACAUGGUCUGAGGAACACCAUGCUUCAGGUCUACACAUACGCAAGCAGUCAACACCAGAACGAAGGAAGCGAGUGUAUAUCUCGGACCGCCACAGCAUAUACAUGGUCUGAGAGUGUACGUGAAUAUUCCGCAAUGGAUGACCCAUGCGAGUGGUGCACGAGACAGCUUCUCAGUAUCGACUGGGACGCCCAAGAUAAUAAUGAAGCGACAACAAUCGAAUCCACAAGGAAAUAUUGGAGUCUGGAGGAGCUGAAAUGUCUCCUGGAUCAGCGAAAACUGCUUUGGGAUUCAUAUGCUUCUAGCCCUGUUGUGUGGACAAACGAGAGCUCUCAUUGGAGAAGUCGAAAACGCAAGCGAUCCCAGUCUAUCGGAGAGGGGGAACCUUCACAGACCCCGAAGAGGGUCAAUAAGCAUAAUAGCGAAAACAAAGCAGAACGUUAUGGGGCCAUUGGCAUUCCUGCCACCAAUCAUCAUGACCCGGCAUCUGAGCCGCCUGCACUUAGGAGUAGUAGAGAUACGGAAGGCGUGUCAAUGCACAUGUUGCAUGGGCAGCCUGCACCGGCGUCACCACAAGCCUUCGACCAGGCAGACAUCAUCGAGCCGCCUACAAGCGACUUCACACUUUACCCCGGUACGGCGAGCUUCAUUAGCUCUUCGCUACAAAAUCAAAAACCGAGGUCUGUGAUGCAGUUCCACGACUCCUGCAGAUUGAAAGAAGCAAAAACAUCAUCGGCAUCUGUAAUGAUUUGGGAUUAUGACAAGUCGCCGGCACAGUUUGCAAAUAUAGCGGUACCCCUACCGGGAGGGGAUUGUGCCUUGAUUGAACAGACUUUAAGUGCUGCAUACGAUGUGAUUAUGCAGUCAGAGGAGGACCCCUUGUACAAACAUCCUAAGCACCGAAUGGUAGACACACCAUUGAGGGACGCUUCCUCUGGCGUAGGCAGCAGUGGGAACAUAUUUCAGGUACCAGAUGAUUACCAUGGCUUGCCAGCUAACUUAGCGUCAUACUGGCUCCCUGGGGUUGCAUCAGAGACAGGAAUUUUCUCGCACGGUUCGUAUGAUUCCACCGAGCAAAAGCGUUCCCUGGGCCUCCCCCAGCCAAAUUAUGCAGUCCAACCGCAGUACUUCACCGGACAAUUUCCGGAAGCUAGAUAUUCUGCAGGAGAGACCCCUGAAGUGGUAAUGACAAAGGCGGAGUCUAGACCGACCACAGCCAUGGUCUCGGGUCUGCAGGAAGCCCUUCUGGGUGGGCUUAAAGGGUUUUGGCGACAGCAGAAGUUGUAUUAG